UAAAGGAGUCGGUCCUUUCUGCACCUUUCUCCGAGAAGAGGGAGGUAGGUGUUGAAUUCGCUCGGGAAGGCGAGGGCGGAACGGUAGUUUACAGAAAGUGGUUGCUACUGCACCGCAACAGAGCUGAGGUCGAACCGCUACUAGACGUCACAAUGGAGAUUCAUCCGAGGAAUUCCCUCACUACGGAAACGGAAGCAUCUGGAGCGUGUUAGUUACAACGGGAGAUGAAGACGUAUGGCGCGAGCGCUCAUGAUUUAACGAUGUAAAUAGUCUAUGGGGGAGUCUGUCUGUGGGGCGGACACGUUUUUAUGUCUGGAGAAGAGAGAGACAACCUUGUUCCGUGCUGACGGCUCCGUUGAAACCCCUCUAUCUAACCUGGGCAGUAACGCAUGACCGAAAGACAGACAGACAGACAGACAGACAGACAGACAGACAGACAGACAGACAGACAGACAGACAGACAGACAGACAGACAGACAGAGCAUUGGUUCAGUCUUCCACGCUAGCUGGAGGAGGCACAGAGAGGAGACAUCUAUCUACGUCUAUCCAAGUUGCUCAGCAGCUCCGUGAAACACAAUGCCCUCGUAGGAGCUGAUAUGCAGACGCGUUGUGUAGGAGACUCGGGAAAAGGGCGUUGAAUAAAGUACUUCUCCACUCCCCAGUCCCUUCACCCCUCGCCAGACAUGACGGGUCAGAGCCUGGAGGAGCUGACAGCAGCCUAUGAGGAUCACACCGUGCGCAUCAAUGUGGGAGGGUUCAAGAAGAGGCUGUUUUCCAACACUCUGUCUCGCUUCCCGGAGACCCGUCUGGCUCGGCUGCUACAGUGCCAAUCAAAAGAGUCGAUACUAGAACUCUGCGACGACUACGACGACACGGAAAAGGAGUUUUAUUUCGAUAGGAACCCGGCUCUCUUCCCUUACGUGUUGAAUUUCUACAACACCGGGAAGCUCCACGUCAUGGCGGAGUUGUGCAUCUUCUCCUUCAGCCAGGAGAUCGAGUACUGGGGCAUCAAUGAAUUCUUCAUCGACUCGUGUUGCAGCGGCGCCUACCACUGCCGAAAGAUGGAUCCCAACCGCGGGGAGGACUGGGACGACUGCCGGAGCGACGAGGGCAGCACCACGUCAUCGUUCGACGAGAUUCUAGAGUUCUAUAACGACGCCACUAAGUUCGAUAAGCAGCCGUUGGGGAGCGUCCGGAGGCGGAUCUGGUUGAUCCUGGAUAACCCGGGUUACUCCGUCGCCAGCCGAGUCAUCAGUAUCCUCUCUAUCCUGGUCGUGUUGGGUUCCAUAACCGCCAUGUGCAUGAACAGCAUGGCUGAGUUCACCCUGGUGGACAGGGAGGGGACGCCUCACGAGGACCCCAGGUUUGAAACGGUGGAACACUUUGGUAUCGGCUGGUUCACCUUGGAGCUGGUGGCCCGGUUCACAGUCGCCCCAGAUCUGAUCCAUUUCUUCAAGCAUCCGUUGAACCUCAUAGACCUCGUGUCGAUAUUACCAUUCUACCUGACGCUCGGCAUCGACCUGGUGGCCGAGAGCAGCCCGGCGCUGGCCAAUCUGGGGCGCGUGGCACAGGUGCUACGGCUGAUGAGGAUCUUCCGUAUCCUGAAGCUGGCGCGUCAUUCCACGGGGCUGCGCUCUCUGGGCGCCACGCUCAGAAACAGCUACAAGGAGGUGGGGUUGCUACUGCUCUACCUGGCGGUGGGCGUGUCUUUCUUCUCUGUCAUGGCCUACACCGUGGAGAAGGACAGCGAGGACUUCUCUACCGUCCCAGCAUGCUGGUGGUGGGCCACGGUGAGCAUGACCACGGUGGGGUACGGAGACGUGGUCCCGGUGUCUAUAGCCGGCAAGAUGACGGCCUCGGCCUGUAUCCUGGCAGGCAUCCUGGUGGUUGUGCUUCCCAUCACACUCAUAUUCAACAAGUUCUCCCUCUUCUACAAGAGACAGAAACAGUUAGAGAUCGCUAUGCGCAGCUGUGACUUCGACCAGGAGAUCAAAGAAAACCUUCCCUCUGUCAAUCUGAGGAACUACUAUGCACACAAGGUGAAAUCUCUCAUGGCCAGUCUGUCCAAUAUCAACCGGAGUUUACCCAGUGAACACAGUCUGAACGAGAUGUCAAUACAUUAGGAUCUGUGGAUCAACAGACUGCCCCCCCGUUGGCCUUAUAAGGACGUGACCGAAGGAGAGGAGAAACGUGGUGCAAGAAGUAGAGCUGUUUCUGUGUAGCCCUUGUUGUUGAAUAGAGCUACAAUGGGAAGCUGAAGUUUAGUUUGACUGACAGGCGAGGGAGGGAGUGGUCGGGCAAAACCAACAUCACAACCUUUCUAUUGGGAGAAAUCUCAUCGAAUCCUCUCUCUCUUUUACAUUCUUCUCAAAUCCUAUUGGAUGAGAAGGCCAGAGGUCCUUCCCCUCUGACCUUUCUAAUCCAAUGGGUUUUUUGAGAAGGCUUUUCGAGGAGAGAGGACACAAGGAAUCAAAGAAAAACAAGAAAUCCAAUGAUUCCUCUUCCACCUUUUCAUUCACCUCAAGUGUUUUAACAGUGUGGUUCAUCAUCAGACAGAAGAGGAGCCGAUAGGCUG